UCCUCUUUCGAAGCUGCCCUCAUUAUUACUGGUAUCACCAAAACCACACAACACAACAAAACAACAAUGUUACGAUCAUCCCUCUCUUUUGUUCGAAAGAGCAACAGGCGUGAGCAGCAUGGAAGGCUUAUUCUGGCCGUAUCAGGAUGUUCUGGAGACGACCGGUGCUCCUCAUCUUCAGCGGCAAUCCACCCAAUGGCAUCAUCAUCAUCGUCGUCAUUGCCAUUGUCAAACGCAAUGAUAACCUUUUCACAAAAAGAUCAUUUGUUCAUGGCUCGGCGUCACUUCUCUCACUUGAUUCAAUUUCCACUACCGCUUCAACAACAUCCACAGCACUUACCAAAACAGUUAAUCGACCAUCCUCAUCAACAGCAACAAGUCCGGACCAAAGUGUUUGUGUCGAGCCACAAUGACAUGAAUAUUACAUCGAACCAAAUUUUGGACUACUGCGGUACCCGUGGCAUUCAAAUUGCUACAGCUCGGGUGACGUCCUCUCAUGUCGUUCUAAAGGAAUGCCCCUUUUGUGACAAACCAACCAACAAUAAAGCCGACAAUGAAUACAAGUGCUACAUUAACAUUGGUGGUGGAGCAUAUUUCUGUCACCGAUGCGGCAAUGGCGGAAGUUGGUUCGACUUCAAAGCUCAUUUGCGAGGAUAUCAGCAUACUGUCACGACUUUGUCGGGAGGUGGCAGCCCCCCACCAAAUGUACCACGGGCAUCAACAGCGAAAGGGGCUGGCGCUCCUAUUAACAUUUCUUCUAGUUCACCCGCUCCAUUGCGCAUGCCCAAGCAGCGACUUCAGUCCUUUUACAUUUCCAAUCUACUUGACUCCAACGACAAGAAAAACGACGAGGUUCUGGACUAUUUGAAAAACACGCGCGGGUUAAAUGAAGCAACUCUUCGCAAGUAUGGGGUCGGUAGGGCCAAGUACCAGUUCCCCAGCAACAAGGGUGGAGAGUAUGUGGAUGCAGAAUGCAUUACCUUCCCUUGGAUCAUGACAGUAGGCCAUGUCAAGGAACAAGAAGAACUCCGGGGCGCCGAAUUCACCAUGCCCUCUAGAAAUGGCAGCGAUGCCGGAGCCAAUGCCGUCAUGGAUGACUCGGAUUAUGUGACUCGACGUAUCAAAGUACGGGCUCUCAAGGAGAAGGGGUGGCAGAGGUUGGACCCUGCCGGUGGUGGUUGGGGAUUGUUUGGUUUCCAUACUGUAGAAAAUGCAACGGAACUUGUCUUGACAGAAGGAGAGUUUGAUGCCAUGGCGGUCUAUCAAGCCACUGGUCGCCCUGCCGUCUCGUUGCCCAACGGUUGUCGUUCCCUGCCCAUGGAAGUUCUACCUAUGCUGGAAAGGUUUGAAAAGAUUUACCUGUGGAUGGAUCAUGACGGUCCUGGUCAAGAGGGAGCCAAACAAUUUGCCCAAAAGAUUGGAAUGCAACGAUGCUACAUCGUCCAGCCCCUCAAUGACCAAGAACCCUGUAAAGACGCUAAUGAAGCACUUCUGAAAGGACUAGAUUUGGAAGCCAUGAUUAAAAAGGCAAGCGUCACCAAACAUGAGAAUGUCAUGGAUUUUGAGGCCAUCAGGAACGAUGUUAUCCAUGAAAUUCUGAACCCAAAUGAAUAUUCUGGAGUGCCCAUGCCCAGCUUGCCUCUGUUGACCAAGUUAAUCAAGGGAUUCCGAAGAGGUGAACUGACUGUUUUAACUGGUCCAACGGGAAGUGGCAAGACCACUUUCUUGGGACAGUUGUCCCUCGACUUGGCCGAGCAGGACGUCAACGUUAUGUGGGGAUCGUUCGAGAUAAAAAACACACGCUUGGCCCAAAAGCUACUGCAACAGUACAAUCGAAAGCCGUUGCCAACUGCGGAACAACCAGACGCCCAAGCUGUUCUACAUGCUUUGGCCGAUCGAUUCAGCGCUUUGCCGAUGCAUUUUAUGAAGUUUCACGGAGGCUCCGAUUUAGAGGAUGUGCUCGAUGCAAUGGAGUAUGCAGUUUAUGUAUCUGAUGUGGAGCACAUCAUCCUUGACAAUCUGCAAUUCAUGAUCUCCAGGAACACAUUGAACAAGAGCUUUGAUAAGUUUGACAUUCAAGAUGUUGCCAUUGAGAAGUUUCGCAAGUUUGCCACGGAUCGGAAUGUACAUGUGACCCUGGUAGUCCAUCCUCGAAAAGAAGACGAAUCUUCCAAGUUGAACAUAUCCAGCAUCUAUGGAAGCGCCAAAGCAACGCAGGAAGCAGAUACUGUGAUGAUUCUCCAAAGCGAACUCAUGGGUGGCAAUCGCCGGAAGUAUAUCGAUGUCAAGAAGAAUCGCUUCGACGGGUCACUCGGACAGUGCCCUUUGCAUUUUGAUGGCAAAAGCAGCCGAUACGGCGAUACACCCAUCGCAUGCUAAUGAUAAGGGCAAUUUCCUGUGUUUUGCUACCUUGCAUCUACUGUACUUUCCCUUUGCACUGGCUAGGUACUCCAUAAGUUCUUUGGUCGGUGCUGGCUGGAAAGUUCCCUAAAGUGCUUUGUUUAUUUGUUUAUGUCUGUCUGGCCUUGAAUACGAUUUUUAAUCCCGGUUUGGCUUUCAUUGUGACAAUGUUGGUGAAUGUGUGCUCCACAUCGCGCUGGGAUGGCGCAAUCUCCACUCUCAAAGCCCGGACCAUUUGGGCCACAAUCAUCUUGGCCUCAUAGGUGGCAAAUUUGUACCCUACACAAUUGUGGCCACCAGCACCAAAUGGCAAAAAUGUAAAGUUCUUAGUGUCCAUGCCACCACUGCCGGCUUCACCAUUCUCCAACCAUCGUUCGGGUUUGAAUGCUUCUGGUUCAGGCCAGUACUUUGGGUUCCUAUGAAGAAGAUGAACGGACAAGACCAAGUUGGUACCCUUGGGAAUCUGAUAGCCUGCCAUCUUCUCCUCAUAGCUAUUUCGACGAACCAUCAUCCCGACAGGAGGGUACAGGCGCAACACCUCAUUCAGGAGUGCUGACAAGUAUUCCAUGUUUUUUGCUUCUUCCAAUGUAACUGGAUCAUCAUGACUGUUGGGGUCUUUAAGAUUCUUCAUGACAUCUUGAAAGACUUUCUCCUGUACAUCCGGGUGUUUGGCCAUUGCAUAGAAUGCCCAGUAGCACCAAGUCGAGGUUGUUUCGUGUCCAGCCAACAAGAAAGUCUUCAAUUCAUCCUUUAAUUCUCUGUCGGACAAGACAUUCCUGCCAUGGGAAGAUGCUUCUGGAUCACUGGCAUUCAACAACAGUUGGAGGAGAGACUUUGAUGACGAUUUGUUGGGUGAAGAUGAAGCAUUGUCCAUCUCUUGCUGGUUCAAUUUUUUGGCAUUCUGCAUGAUUCCCUCAACAGUAUUAUCCAUGGCUGAUCGGAUCCUAAUGGUCUCUGGAUUGAUGAACUUAUCCAGGAAGGAAGUAUUAGUGAUAAAAAGGACCACACGCAAAAGAUUUGGCUUCAAGAAUGCCAUAAAGGAUGUGAUGAGAGGGUCUGUCAACUCGGGUGACUCCAGACUAGUAUCAUUGUUGUCCCCAGCUUGCCUGGAUUUUUGGACUGCCAUGGACCAAGCUUUGAUAUCUUUGAGGCCAUUAGUAUCAUAGGAGAAUCCAGCAUCUCCAAUGACAUCCAGUGUCAAAGCAGAAAGAUGGGAUGCCAGGUCAAUUUCUUGUCCCUCCCCUGCCUCCAACCAAUACUGAAUGAAAGUUUGCACUUUGGGUGGAACACUGAUGCUCAAUGCCUCCUUGAGAAAUGACACUGAAAAUGCUGGCUGGAUGAUUCGUCUAUGCUUCGCCCAUUCUUCUCCUUCCAGUGUGACCAAGCCAUAUCCAAUAAUAUUGGGCAGGGCAAAGAUUGGUUUCUUGAAUCGGCAAUCAUUCUUGGUUGCUGGUGCUGUUAAAAUUUCCUGAGGAAAAGCAGAGUAGAGAAUGUUAGAAGAAUAUAUUGCAACAGAAAGACCACCAGACGGUGGCCAGUACCGUACAAACAAACAACGAAAUUUGGAACGCUUCUUGUCUCACCUUGAUGAUCUCCUUGUCCAGAAUCAGCAAGGAGUUGGAACCGAGUGCUUGAGAGUACCGAAUGACUGGGGCAUCAGGACCCACUUCUUUCCACCAUUUCUUGUGUGGAGCCAUGAAUGGUUCCCUCCUAAUAACAGCCAAUUGACCCAAGAGAAAGCCACACUCGGGACCUGGAAUAUUUUUCUGCAUCCACCGCCAUGUCAAAUAUUGGGGAAUCAAUCGCAGCAACUUGUACAAGGCAAAGCAUAGCGCCAACACUCCCAACCAAAACCACACCAUGCUCUAUCUAUUGUUGAAUAGGAACAACUAAUCUAAUAUCGUGCUACAGUAGCUGGCUACGGUAGUAGCUAGAUUAUGAAAGGUUCCUGUGUGGACAGACAGCGCCUCUCGUUGAUGCUUCCUUCUUUGUUGUUGUUCCUGGCGUUGUUCUCUCGCAAAAAAGAUACGGUUCGCCACGACUUGGAUAACGCGAACCUUAUUUUCUUUGCGAGCCUGGUGUCGCCGCAGCGCGCGCAAAUUUGGUUUGAAAUUGACA